GCCAAGGUGGGGGAUUCUGGGAUUAAAUAAAACAGUGGGUUUAAUUAAAUGAGAUUUUUUUUGACGCAAGGAGAAAUCCAUGGUGAUAAUGGAGGUGCUAUACGCUUCUCUGGAGGAUCAUGUGUAGUGAUAGUGACUUGAUAGUGUGUCAUGUUCAGCGACAGUGUGUCUUUCUAGUGAUGGUGUUACCUGUUACUGGAAGAUUUGUCCUGAUGGUGAGGUUUUUUUUUGUUAUGGUGACGGCUUUGAUAGUGAGACUUGGUGCUUAUCACUGAUAUACUCGCUUGCACAUUAACUAAUACAUUAGGCUUUAUGGCGAUGUUAAUACAGUAGUGAGAAAUGAAGACGAUGAUAGUUUUCCGAGCGAUGGUGGCGUGUGACGGCUGAUAGUGACACGACUCUUUGCUGGUGAUGGUGAUCAAGAUGAUGGUAUCCUGAGAUACAUGUGACGCCUGAUAGUGUCAAUACUAUACUGUCCCCACUGAGGAUGAUGGUGAUGGUUAUAAAAUAUUGCCGUGACCAGGGUGGUGAAGGGUGAUGGUGUAGCCAGAUGAAGGGCAGAGAGGUGUAGUGUUAGUGGUGGUGGUGGUGAUAGUGGUGUUAGUGAUGCUGCUGCUGCUGCUGCUAUGGUACGCUGCUGCUACUGCUGUUCCUGCUGGCGGCUUGGCCAGGCCUACUGCCUGGCCCCCCACACCCCACAUGCAGGAGGGGGUGCUGGUGUUGCCUCUUCCCCCCGGCGACGUCCCCGGCGUUCAGGUGGCAGGUGGACAAGUCGUUUCUCAGGGCUGCUUCACUCUCUCCAUGCCCACACCAGCCCUGCCCAUGCCCGCACUUCUGCCCACACCACUUCAAGCGGGAGAGUAUGUGGGAAGUUGGCACCUGGUAAAGACUCCCCUGUGGUGAGGUACACGUGUGGACAGGACUCCCCCACCCACGCCCAUAUCACCACCAUCUCUGCCGCCCUCACUCUCGACCCCCAGGACGCCCUCUCAUCUGCAUCCUCCUCAUCAUCAUCGCCCAUAUUCGCCCACGCUCCACCAGCUGCCCCACCUGCUACACCCACUGGCUCCUCCCCGCAGCCUUCACCAAGUAGUCAUGCCACCCAUUUGGCCCAUUCGUGCAGCCAGCUAGGUGGGCCAUCCCCCCACCUGCUGACUGAAUCCCUCCUUCACACCCAUCACUACCACCACCACCACCACCACCACCACCACCUCAGUGCCCAUGCCGGGCCAGACUCUCACUUGUGGCAUCAGGAGGGGGACUCGUCUUCAUUUUGUCACAGUGUGCUGGGAUCCAACGGUUACACACCUCAACCCUCACAUUCUGGUGGGCACACAACCCCACCUUCCGACCCCAGUGAUCACACGCCCCCAAUUCCUCGACUCGUUGGAGGCAUAUCCCUAUCCCCUGGCACCCACACACCCCAAACUCCACAACAAAGUGGGGGCACGUCCAUACAUCCAGAGCUGCAAGGCGGCGUGAGUGAUACAUUGGGGGCAGUGGGUAAGAAUACUGUAACAGAGGAAGAUAACGGGCAAGUGUGGACUGGCAGUCAGGACGGGGCUUCAGGUGAGAGGUGCGACACUGCAGGUGCAGAGACCAACCACCUUGUUACCUCACUACCACCAUCACCUCACUUCCAUUCUACUCACUCGCCAGAGCCACAGUUCCACUACUGCAGUAGUAUCUCGCCUGAGCCCCCUCCCCACUAUCACCAUACUCACUCACCCGAGCCCCCACAAUAUGACCUUGUUGAUGACAAAUUUGCUAGCAAGCAAGGCAGGAGCUAUCAUAUUAUAGGCAAGAAACUGAAGAGGAUUUUGUUUAAAUGGUCUGAGCCUGUAGAGAGCAGCAGGGAAAAAGUAGACACAUUUCCUGGAGGUAAAGAACACCAGCAUCAGCAGUCGUUGAGGACAAACCAGCUCCUGGAAGAUGACACAGGGAAUGAAUCUCACACACCCAGACACCAGAAGCAGUUUGACAGGCUAGCAUCUGAGACUGGCCAGCCCUCUCCUAGUGGGGUAGACGGUGGUGUAGCGGAUACAGAUAGUGAAGAUAGUGAGAGAAAGGAAGUGAGGUCAGAUGGACAGGAUGAGAGGCUAGCUGAGAGGAGUGCAUAUGUAGGAGCAACACACUCACAAGAGGCAACCUCAGAGCAGCAGCAACACCAGCCCCUCCCUCCUCGGGUAACUUCUUUGCCAUCUCUUCAGCCUCUUGAUAACAGCCUCUUGACCAGAAGCACACCACAUGCCACAUCCUUCAGUGCUGUGACUUACUCUACAUUCCCUCACUCCCCUCAGUCUUCACCUCUGUCUGUUGAACACUCCAAGCACAGUGUAGAAACAAGUUGUGUCUGCACCCAGGGUCUUGAUAAAGGUGUGCAGGAAGGUGAGGGAGAACAUACUAGAGUAGAGACAAGCAGUGAAGAAAUUAGUGAGAGAGAAGGGGAGAGGAGUGACAGUGAGACGGAGAAGAGAAGCGUGUCAGAUGAUAGUGAAGGGAGAAGAGAGAGUGUUAGCAGUGUGGUGAGUGAGGGCGGAGGGGUAAGAGGUGUGAACCGUGUAGUGUCAUCCACCUUGUGUCAGUGGCGGCGUCUACAGGGCAGUGUGGGUUGUCUUACCACUGCCCUCAAGCAACGCUACCACCACCAUCGCCUCAUCACACGUCACUCCUCCCGUAGCACAGCAGGCCACCAACGGAAGGAAUCAACUGCAAGAGAAGGACAAGAACUAGCAGGAAGAGACAAGCAGCCGAGGGCAGUGUGCCCAUCCCCCCGCAGAGCUCCUCGCCUCUCCCAAUAUGCUGCACACCGCUUGACCUCCGAGAAACUGCUUUCUUCUGAUUUGGAUGUCGACAACAAAGAGCAAGAAGAUAAAGUUGGAGAAGCCUCGCCAGAUGACUCUCAGAGUAGAUCUUUUGAAUACUUUGGUGAGAGCAUUGAGCAGAGCACCAGUGAGAGCAAUGGUGUUAGUAGAAGUGAUGUUAACAGCCUAGCAUCAGUGGAGGCACGAGAAAGUUUGUCAGUGUGUACCUCGCCUGUGGGUGUGUCUUCUCCAAGUACAUCAUCGGGAACUACCUCGUCAGAUGACACUGGUGACACCAGCACUGGCACUGUUAUAUUCAGGUCUUUGGCACUUGAGUCACUGGAUGAUGAUGAAGCUCUUCCAGAUGAAGCUACAGUGAAAGACAAGAAUGGAAUUCCGGUGGAAAAAAAUGAGGUAGAGGGAUUAGCGGUAGUGGCAGAGAAAGAUUUAGAAUCGCCUUUGGUGGUGAAUGGUGAAGUAGUUGCUAGUGGCUCCCACAGAGACACUCCAGGUGCACUACAUAAGGAAGAAGAGAUGAGCGAGGGGCGCGAAAGUGACUCGGCCAGCAGUGAUACACAAGACAGCAGUGGGAUGCCACGGCGAGGUAAUGAUGGUGGUGGCUGUGAGGGGGAGCCCACAGCUAAGCGCCCUAGCUUGGCUGGUGUCGACCAUGCUUUCUUCUAUCAUGGUUCACCCCCUCUUACUGCUUCGCCGUCGUCUUCCCCCAGCACCCCACACUCGACUCUCUCGAUGACUCGAAAACGCUUUUGUGAAGCCAUGAUAAGUGGAGGGGAUGACAUCAUUCACUCAGAUGGAAGUAACAGUGAGCAAGAUUCCACUGGUGGUGGCAGUGGCCUAAGGGAAAUUACAGAAAGCAGCCUUGACUAUGACACUAGACACAGUGAUGGUAAUGGCAGUGAUAAGUCUCAUGACAAAAGCAGCUCUUGCCAAGACAGUGAUACAGACGGUGUUAAGCUAAGUGACAGUAGUGAUAUUAGAGUUACUCAAGACACUUCUGUCAGUGAAGAUGAUAGUAGAGUUACUCGAGACACCUCUUUCAGUGAAGAUGAUAGUAGAGCUACCAGGGACAUCUCAUAUAGUGAAGAUGAAAGUAGUAGUAGAAGUAUAUCUUAUUGUGAAGGUGAUAGUAGUAGUAGAAACAUUGCUUCUAGUGAAAAUGAUAGUUGUAGUAGAAACAUACCAUAUAGUGAAGAUGAUAGCUGUAGUAGAAUCACCAGGGACACUUACGAUAGUGAAGGAAAGAGUUUAGAGAGUACUAGCUCGGACUGGAGCUCUGAGGGUAUGUUUCUUGGCCGGCAGGAAGUUGGCAGCAUUAGUGUCAGUGUCACCUCUCUAAAACUGAGUGGUGAUGAACUGCUUGAACGCGCUCACACACCACAGAUAAUGACUCAAGCCCACGAUGAUGAUAGGCAUGGAGGAACUAAUUGGGUUGAGGUGAGCAGCGUAAGUACGGAGAGUGUAGGUGAGAGUUAUAGUGAACGAGAAGAGAGCAGAGUAAGAGAGAGAGUGGUUAGUGAGAGUAGCUGCGAGGGUGUAAGUGCAGACGGUAUCUUGCUGCCUACUGUUGACCUUGACAGGAAAGUGCUGCACGUGACCCUUCCAGUUAGUGAUGACCUCCAACAAGGACAACAGGGUCAGAGUUCAACCUUGGUAAUUACCAAUGACCUUGAUCAAAGCAAGCAAAUAUCAGUUGUGACCUCGGUUAUUAGAGAUGGUGAAGUUCAGAGACUGUGUGACUCAAACUUGACUCCAGUAAUAAGUGAUGACCUUGAAAAAAGAAUUCAAGACCCAGAUUUGACUUCAUUAGUUAGUGAUGACCUUGAUCAGAGAAAGCAAGAAGUAAGUGUGACUACAUUGAGUAGUGUUGACUUUGAUCAAAGGAGACAAGAAUCAAGUGUGACCCCAUUAAUUAGUGAUAACCUUGAUGGCAGCCCAGAAGAGGUUGAUGUGACCAUUCUAGGGGGUAGUGACGAGGGGGAGAGCUCUGGAGUAUCGAGUGGAGCACCUAACUCCGGCGAUAGAGAGGUGGCGGCAAUCGAGGGCGGCAAAGAUAUUUGCAUGGGCGUGGGGAGUGGUGGAACAGAGUGUGAAGGUGUGCAUGAUGAUGAGCACACCAAUGUGGUAGUAAGUGGUGCAGGACCAAAGAUCUUGAUCACUGCAGCAACAAAUGUGGGCUCUGGCAACACACCUACCUUUGUGCUAGAGAGUGGCAGUGCAGCUUCGGGUUGGGGCGGCUCAUUGGAGGGGGCAGUAUUUGCCACCCAGGAUUCCUUCACUCCUACCUCCACCCUUGCCGCUCAUCUGGCUGCCCAUCCCCGGCCUCCAACACCCAAGUCGCCCAUCACCGUGGACGAGUGGGUAGCUGCCCUUCCUCCCCACAACAUAAGUACCUCUACAGACGACCAAUUACAGCUCUGUCUCCACUGUACUCACUGCAGCCACACUUGCCAUCCCCUGGACUUCAGUGAGGAGGAUGAGGUGGACACAUCGUGGGUGGGCAGUCCCACCACUGAUGACCAUGCUGAGGACAGUCUCAACCUGGGUGCCGAGGCGGGAUACAUGUGUGGAUCAGAAUCCAUGGUGACAUCUUCAGUUACCACUACUGGUACAUCACGUUUUGCACUGGCUGCUGCCUCUGUUACUGCAUCUGCUGCUACUGCUGCUGGUGCUGUCUCUCUGUCAGCUGCUACCAAGUCAGUCAGUUGUCGUAGCACCGCCAAUGUUGCCACGUCCUUGAUGACUGGACAUUUGCAUCAGUCUCAUCUGCCCCUCCACCAGCCUAAUCAGCAGGAUGAAGCUACAGGGAUCUCUUCUAGGCCAGUGACCUUGGGUGAUGUGGCAAAUAGCCUUCAGAGCCUGCAAGAACAGCAGGAAUCAAGUAUAGCAGGAGUUGAAGGAAAGCGCUCUCAGUUUGCCUCUCUACGAGAGAAACAGUCAUCAUUUCAGAGUGAACUCUCGGGCCUUUCCUUCCAUAGCAACAGGUCGAGUAUCGAUUCCUUGCUGGAGUCUCGUCAGGCUGAUCCUGUAGAGGUGCUGCUCAGCCUUGGCUUUGGUGGCCCGGUUCAGGACGGCAUCUCUCGUAUACCAGAACGCUUCCUCAAACCCUCAAAGGUGCCCGGCAAUGACAUAGAAGAGUUCAUAAGAUCCGAGGAUGAAAUAUCAGAAAUGAUGGAAACGGCAGAGAUGAUGCCUGGAAUUGACCCACAAGACCUGCUGAUGAUGAGAGGAGGGCUGUCUCCUAGAGGCCGUCGACGCUAUCGCCGCCGUUACUACCUGAGACCUCAGUCGCCGCAGCCAUCGGUUCGCUCGGCUCCGCCGUCUCUUCAUCACGUGAACAAGUCACGUUUCCUCACAGUCCAAAGAGAUGGACAUGCUCAAAGUUCAACAAAGACAUGCUUCAAAGAUUUCUAAAUACAGUACUUAAUACAGUACUGUAUUGUAUUGCAUAAUAGCCUCACUGUAAAAAUGGUCAUAACAAAUUUAGGUAUUAUAUUCUCAUAUAAUGAGACUACCUAUAUACGUACUAAGAUUCUUAUUAUUAUUUUAAUUCACUUGAAAUAUCAAGGAUUUAUUACCAUAUUUAUUAUAAAUGGUUUGGAAGAGGAUUUAUAUUGACUUAUCACAGUCAGUUACAGUACUGUAGGGCCCAACUUGUGAUGUAAUGCAUUCCUCAAAAUUUUAUAAGUUGAUUGUUCAGAAUUCAGAACCUGUUUUCUCAUAGACACUUAAUGUGAAUAUAAUGUGCAGCACUUGGGGUAUCUUUACUGCCAAAAUGUUUUGUUUGUAGCACUAAAGAUCUCCAAGUGUUAUGCAUAAGACUUACUUGUCAACGUGUCGGUAUUGUAUACCAUCAAUAAUGUGGCACCAUUGUUAUAAUCGAAGAUGCGUUUCAUAGCCAUAACAUUCCAUAUCUAAUUUAAUUUUUCAGUAAGAAUAUUAACCCAAUUUUAUAUAUUCAUUAUUAUUCCUCUUCACUUACAAAUAGUGCUAACUAUUGUUUAAUUAGUAUAUAUUAUAUGAUAAACAGAAAAGAGUAACAAUAUAAUCCAGUACAUGUGUUAGGGACAAGCAACAGACGGACUGCCUUCCUCUCUUACUUUCCUAUACACUCCUAUUCUCUCUCACAUUGUAUCAAACACAAUGCUCUUUAAUGAAGAAUUAGACACAUAUGCAGCAUCUAGGUAUUUUAUUUUUAGACAUUUCUCUAUCCAGUGGAUUUAUCACAUCUAUAUGCAAAAGAUGAGGUAAUCAGACCAUCACUUUUGGAGUUGGUGAAGAGUAGAGUACCAUAGCCUUGAAGAAUCUGAAACACAGGCAUGAAGAUUGGCACUUCUAUAAUGGUGUUAAGUGAGGGAUGUGCAGCAGACGAAGGCAUGUUGCACUUGUGUUUGGUUCUUCAUCUUGUCGGUAUUGUAUACUAUUCAUGUACAACAGUGCUCUUUCAAAUGCUCACCACUACAUCAUUGCUGUGGUGAGUAUUAAUGUGUCUGGGUAUACAGUAUGGGGAAAGAGGUGGUGAGGAUGUGUCGUUAGUUUCCACUGAGCUGCUCCUCACUUGUAGACCUGUCCGAUACAAAGGCAUCAGCAGCAGUGGCUGCCACAAAAAAUAACUACAGUAUUUAAUCUAUAGCUCUUGAGCAGUCUUAAUAAAAAAAAACAUAAACUCUCCACACAUGCAUAAAUAGCAUGCACAAAAUGCCAGUGCAUUCAUAAGAAACUUUUUUUUUAUAAUUCAUCCUUAAGAUUAUUGUAAAUAUUAAAUCUAUAAUUCUUAACCAGUUUUACAAAAUAAAUUUGAGCUCUGUAUUCAUGGAUUAAAUUAGCAUGUAUAAACUAUGCGUAUACAGUGGACCCCCGAGUUUCGUGAUUAAUCCGUUCCAGAGAGCCUGCCGAAAGUCGAAAUAAAAUUAAUCCGUUCAAGACACCCAAAAAUAUUAAAAUAAAAUGUUUUUUUUUUUCAAAUUAAAUAAAGAUUUAUAUACUGAAAUCAAUAAGAAAUCAAGUACAUGCAUAUAAAAAAUAAUAACAACAUUACACUUACCUUUACUGAAGACUUCUGGGUGGAUGGAAGAUGGGAGGAGGGGAUAGGAGGAAGGUGUACACUAUUGUUUGGAAGGAGAAUCUCUUUCCAUUAGGACUUUAAGUAGCAAGUCCUUAUCUGGGGUUACUUCCCUUCUUCUUUUAAUGCCACUGGGAACAAUUUGAGAGUCACUGGACCCCUGUCGCACAAAAUACCUCUCCAGAGGAGUUUCUUUAAGAUUUUCCUGAAGUGGGACACAAUACUGUCAUUGUACAUGUUGCAGAUAUGGCUUGUUUCAGCUUGGUCAGGGUGAUACUUUUCAACAAAACUUUGCAACUCAUUCCACUUGGCACAAAUCUCCUUAAUCUUUGAAGAAGGCACCUCAUCCACUCCCUCUUCCUCCUCCUCUGAAGCAAGUUCCUCGGCUGUGGUCUGAUGCUGUUCCAGUUGAAGCUCUUGCAGUUCGCCAGUGGUUAGCUCUUCCCUGUGGUCCUCCACCAACUCUUCCACAUCCCCGUCACUCGCCUCCAACCCCAUGGACUUGCCCAGUGCCACAACAGGCAGAGGGUCGGCAGGGACAGGGUCUGCCUCAAACCCUUCAAAAUCCCUCUGGAUCGUGUUCCUCACUUUAUUUACCUUGGGUCCAUGACGACUUAUGUAGCAGUUGCAAGCACAAAAAACAAUGGAUUAUUAUGAAAUGUAUUGUAUGAACCCGCGGGGUGAUGGUCAUGUGUUGGUAAACAAUGGCACACCGAGCAUGAAUGGCGUGGGAGACUGGCUUGGUGUGCGUGGUGACGGGCGGACGGGUACUGGACAGUCGCCGAAACACGAGUCUAAUCACGAAACUUGAGACCAAAUUUUGCCAAAAAAAAACAUGCCGAAGGUCGAAUUUCACGAAAGUCGAGGCUGCCGAAACUCGAGGGUCCACUGUAUAAACCCUGCCUCGGUGGGAGAUGGCCGACUUGUUGAAAAAAAAUAUAAACUAUGAAUGCUUUUGGUAAAAGACUGAGAGAAACUUUUUUUUAUAAUUCAGCAUUAAGAAAAUUGUUAAUAAUCUGUAAUUCUUGACCAGUCUCUACCAAACAAAUGGAAGCUCUAUAUAUGCAUAAAAUAAACACACAAAGAACAAUUUUUUUUCAACAAACAGGCUAUAUCCCACUGAGGCAGGGUGACCUGAAAAGAAAAAAGUUUUUCUUUAUAAAUUUAGUAAUUUAUGCAAGAGAAGGGGUUACUAGCCCAUUGCUCCUGGCAUUUUAGUCACUUCUUAUGACACGCAUGGCUUACGGAGGAAGAAUUCUUUUCUACUUCCCCAUGGAGAUAAGGUGAAAUAAAGAAGAGCAAAAAGUAUUAAGAAAAUAGAAGAAAACCCAGAUUGAUGUGUAAAUAUAUAUAUAUGCAUGUACAUACAUGUGUAGUGUGACCAAAGUGUAAAUAGAAGUGACAAGACAUACCUGUUAUUCCACAUGUAACAAAAUUACUUAUUUAAGCUAAUUUUUGUCUAAAUAUUUGCAAUGAACAUAACUGCAGAUCAGCAUUCAUAAGUAAUUGAUUGAUUCCAAAGUGGCAGUAUUGUAAGUUAAGAACAUCAUAAGUGUGGAACAUCAUAAGUUGGGUUCUGCUAUAUUGUACUUUAAAUUAAUUUAAGCAGGUUAUUUUUCACUGUAGGUCUUUCUUAUAGUUAUUUAAUUUUUAUCAGUUUGAAUAUUUGCUCAGUAUUAUCAUUGGUGCUCCAUACACUGUAGCUACUUCUCUGUGUGGAGUUUAACGUGGUGCUGGUGGGUAAGAAGCAGUAUUUAUUACCUGUAUAGUAACCUUCAUAGCAGUGCUAGGUGAAGGUAAGAAGUGGCAUUAGUUACAAGUAACCUUCAUAGUAGUGCUAGGUGAAGAUAAGUGGCAUUAGUUACAUAGUAACCUUCAUAGUAGUGUUAGGUGAAGAUAAGUGGCAUUAGUUACAUAGUAACCUUCAUAGUAGUGUUAGGUGAAGAUAAGUGGCAUUAGUUAUAUAGUAACCUUCAUAGUAGUGCUAGGUGAAGAUAAGUGGCAUUAGUUAUAUAGUAACCUUCAUAGUAGUGCUAGGUGAAGAUAAGUGGCAUUAGUUAUAUAGUAACCUUCAUAGUAGUGUUAGGUGAAGAUAAGUGGCAUUAGUUACAUAGUAACCUUCAUAGUAGUGUUAGAUGAAGAUAAGAAGUGGCAUUAGUUACAUAGUAACCUUCAUAGUAGGGCUAGGUACAUACAUUCACUAUAGUGUUCUAGGUAACUAGGGGUCAAAUUAAUGCAAAGUGUGCAGUAGUUUACAUGAUAACUUAUGAUUAAUAGCAUUGUGGAACUCUGGUAAAGUGCAGUGCAGUUUGAUGUUGAUAUUACUCAUAUAUUUUCUGAAGUGUCCAACAGAGCUCAGAGGUGGUCUGUUAUGGCUGUCCAUCUCUGUUGUACUUGACUAUCUGGACAUGUGGAUAAUAAUGAAUUGUAAAAUCAUAAAAAAAAUGCAGUGGUGAAGGACAGUAAGUUAGCAUGAGUGCACGAAGAAGAGACCAAGAUUGUGUAUAUUAAGGUCUUCACACGUAGACAGUUUUUUGUAGGGAGUAGAAUUGGUUUGUGUAGACCAGGGAUUCCCAACCAGGAGCUCACAAGUAUCAGGCUUCCCUAGCAUGCUAAGUCUCCCUGGCUCACUAUUAAAUUCUCAUUUAAUAGUAGAAAUUUUUCUAAGUUAUUGUAUUUAUAACAAUCACAUAAUACACAGUAAGUUAUAUGAAUAUAGAAAGUAAGACCAAGGCAGGUACAGCAAAACUUCCUCUUGCUGAGCUUUUGAGAUUAAUUCUAUUGUAACCUUAUUAAAAGAUCUAUAAAAGACGUGGUAACAACAGUACAGUGGACCCCCGGUUAACGAUUUUAAUCCGUGCAAGAGGGCUCAUCGUUAUGCGAAAUAAUCGUUAUGCGAAUGAAUUUUCCCCAUAAGAAAUAAUGGAAAUAAAAUUAAUCCGUGCAAGACGCCCAAAAGUAUGAAAAAAAUUUUUUUUUACCACAUGAAAUGUUAAUUUUAAUACACACAAACUGAAAAAGGCAUGCACAAUUAAAUGACACUUACUUUUAUUGAAGAUCUGGUGAUGAUUGAUGGGAUGGGAGGAGGGGAGAGCAUUAUCUUCUUACUGUUUAGAAGGGGAAUCCCCUUCCAUUAGGACUUGAGGUAGCAAGUCCUUUUCUGGGGUUACUUCCCUUCUUCUUUUAAUGCCACUAGGACCAGCUUGAGAGUCACUGGACCUCUGUCGCACAACAAAUCUGUCCAUAGAGCUCUGUACCUCCCGUUCCUUCAAGACUUUCCUAAAAUGGGCCAUAACAUUGUCAUUGAAAUAGUCACCAGCACGGCUUGCAACAGCUGUGUCAGGGUGAUUUUCAUCUAUAAAGGUUUGCAGUUCAACCCACUGUGCACACAUUUCCUUAAUCUUUGAAGUAGGCACAAUGGAUUCCACAACUGGCAUAGGCUUCUCAGGGUUAGCCCCAAACCCUUCAAAAUCUUUCUUAAUUUCCAUACUAAUUCUCACCCUUUUUACCACAGGGUUGGCACUAGAAGCUUUCUUGGGGCCCAUGGUCACUUAUUUUCCAGAAACAGCACCGAAAACACUGUAAUAAUACGAAAUAUUCCGAGUGUAUGCUUGGAUGUUACCGCGGAGGCUGGCUGGUAAACAAUGGGACGGCCGGCACAUGUGAGGGCACAUUGGACGCGUCUCGGACGAAAAUCGGUAAGCGGGUUUUUAAUCGGUAUGCGCGGCAAAAAUUUUGCGAUAAAAGUAAUCGGUAUGCGGAAAAAUCGCUAUGUGAUGCCAUCGUUAUGCGGGGGUCCACUGUACUUAAAUAAUUAAAGGAAAAUCUCUUGCAAGAACAGUAGGAGUUUUAGUUCUAGUAGCACUUGUACCUGUUUGUGGCACUGUUGGUGUUAUUCCUGACUAUGGUAUUAGGCAUGCAUUGGAUUACUGUACCCCAUUUCAGUUUGAUUUUCACAAGCUCUGAAAUUGUUUGAUUUUCACAAGCUCUGAAAUUUUAUAAUAAUAUCCAGUUAAUUCUGAAAACAGGGAGUCAAUUAUUAUAAAUUAAAACCAGUACCUUACCCAUUAGUUUCUCCAAAACAUCUGGUACACUUGAAUUUUUUUUUUAACAUGCUGGCUGUCUCCCACUGAGGCAGAGUGACCAGAAAAAGAAACACUUUCACCAUCAUUCACACUAUCACUAUCCUGCCAGAGGAGGACAGAUACACAUAAGUAUUCUAAAACAUUUUCCUUCAAAAAGAAGAAUGAAAGAAAGUCACUGAAAAAGUCAACUGUCUCUUUAACACAUUAACAAGGAGGACUGCAGCUAUUUCACACAAUAUACAUUAGUAAUUGAAGUUGGAUUUAUAUAAAUGAGUGUGAUUUUCACAUCAGGUUAAUAAAGUCACACCCACUGCCCUGUUGGCAAUUAGGAUUGAGAUGAAUCUGUUAAUGGAUUCUGGGAUGACUGCCCCCGCAGCUUUGUCUAGGACCAAACUUCCUGUAUUACAAAACAUUACAAGAUCUGUUAAGAAACACAGGAAAGUAGUGAGUAUAUACUGAAUGUUACUAAUAUACUUAAUAUACGGGGUAGGGGUCGGCCUAGGAAAGGUUGGAGGGAGGGGGUAAAGGAGGUUUUGUGUGCGAGGGGCUUGGACUUCCAGCAUGCAUGCGUGAGCGUGUUUGAUAGGAGUGAAUGGAGACAAAUGGUUUUUAAUACUUGACGUGCUGUUGGAGUGUGAGCAAAGUAACAUUUAUGAAGGGGUUCAGGGAAACCGGCAGGCCGGACUUGAGUCCUGGAGAUGGGAAGUACAGUGCCUGCACUCUGAAGGAGGGGUGUUAAUGUUGCAGUUUAAAAACUGUAGUGUAAAGCACCCUUCUGGCAAGACAGUGAUGGAGUGAAUGAUGGUGAGAGUUUUUCUUUUUCGGGCCACCCUGCCUUGGUGGGAAUCGGCCAGUGUGAUAAUAAAAAUAAAAAAUAACAAAUGUCAAAGAUAUUUUAAAGUCAACUAGCUUUAUGAACAGCAUACUUUAUCAAGAAAUCAUUUCUGCACUUUUAAAUAAAUAGUUUACAAAAAAUUAUUGAAAUUGUUAGUGAGAGUGAUAUUCUUCAUUUUUUUUUUAUUGUUGACAUAGAAACACUUAGGCAAACAUUCAUUGAAAAUUCUCCCAGAAUUUAGUGUUCUAGAACAAGUAAAAAAAAACUGUAAAGUACUACACUUGGUUGACUUUAACAAAAAUUUUCAUUGGAAAAUUAUUUCAGAAUGAAAUUAAUGAAUUUUGAGCGACUUUGUUCAAAUGACAAAUAUUUUCGUUUUAAUCUCCUGAAAAUAAAUAAAUCCCUAGUGCCUAGAAAUAUUAGUCUGAAGAAUUAUUUUUACUGUGGAUGAUUUUGCCUUGUUAUUCCUAACAAUAAAAUGCAUAAGAUUAAUAUAAUAUAGAAGUCUGUGGUGUAUCACUGUGUCUUGCAUUGCAUGUUGCAACAAGCUGCUGCAAGAUCUGCAUGCCAGUGCACACUACACCAGUAAUGACAUUAUUAUCAUUGUACUUUGUAAACUACAGUAUUUUUUAUGCUAAAAAAAAAGACUUUUUUAAUUUUUGUUGCUGUUGCUUUGUCCUCAAAUUCCAUAGGUUGGGAAGCUCUGGUUUACACUUGUGUUGAUGUUUUAUAUUGCAGUGUUGAAUGUCAACAGAGUUUUUCUGUUUCAAUCACUGCAGAGUAAAAUUAAGAUCUUCAUCAAUUUUAUGUAAAUGGAAAGUAAUAUUUCCUGGAGCUCAUUAGAAUAAAGAAAUUCUUAAUGUAUUUAUUCUCAAAGAUUAAGAGGGUUGUCUCCAACCUUUUUUUUUUUUUUUAACUAUAAUAACCCUAUACUCCUCCAACCUAUUUUUCAAAAGAAAUUCUGCUUUAAAAUGAGCUAUAAAAAUUCUCUUGAAUAAAUUUUGUUGAUAUAAUUUGAGCAAUAAUUAUAGAUAUAUUCUUAUUUUUCUUUCAAAAUGCUAUAGUAUAUUUUCAUAGCUCCUGCACAUUUACACUUGAAAUAAAUACAGCCUCUCCUCACUUAAUUAAUGAUGGGGUUCGGUUCCUAAGACCGCGUCGUUAAACGAAUUUGUUGCUAAGUGAGGAGAUACUAUAAUGGUAAUGGAUUGUCAGCCAUCUUUGAUAUUGUUUUAAGGUCACCUUUUGCAUCAUUUAUAACAUUUCUGGUAUAUUUUUAAAUGUUUAUACAGUAGUGUACUGUAUAUUGAAAUAAACAGAAUAGAGGAAAUUAGCUCUAAUAUACAUUAUUUAGGUAUAAAUACUGGUCAGAGAGCCCGUCGUAAGUCCGUGGCAUUGGUAAAUGAGUACGUUGCUAAGUGAGGAGAGACUGUACAUAGCUUGAAGAACCCAGUAGUAUACCCAAUAUUUCUAAUGCAAAAUAUUCACCAUAUGUCUAAUUGUAAUUAGACAAAAUGUAUAAAGUACAGUACAGGCAUAUACUCACCUCCCAGGCAAAGAAUGAAUUUCAGAAGUCAGCAUUUACAUUUACUGUAAACAUUUUAUUCUUAUUUGUAGGCAAAAAAUGGUUGACAAUAUGAAAUAAUAUUGUGUUCACAUAGUGAACACAAUAUAACAUGUUCCUCCAAUAUAACACAUAUAACGAGCUCGUUUUGAGACAGCAAAUUCCACAUUUCUUGACUAAUGUUGAGCUUAACACACAUGCACCAAAUAGUUACAUACAGUACAAACAAAAUGUCUAAAAACAACUGAGAAAAAAAAACUUUUGAUUAUAAUCCCUAUAUAUAUGUACUAGUACAAAAUUGAAAAACUUCUAAAGUAAUUUUUUUUUAUUUAUUAUUACCCAUUAACCCUUUGACUGUUUCCGACGUAUAAAUACGUCUUACGAGCCAAUGUUUCUGACGUAUUUAUACGCAUAAAUUCUAGCAGCUUCAAAUCAAGCAGGAGAAAGCUGCUAGGCCCACAUGUGAGAGAAUGGGUCUCCAUGGUCAGUGUGCACCAUAUAAAAAAAAUCGGGGAGCCAGUGGUGCAUUGUGGGAAUGCCAUUUCAGUUGUCAUUUUUCAAUAUGUCUAGUGGUAAGAAAUAUGUGAUUCCCCAGCAAAUAUGGGACUCUUCUCUUCCCAAGUGAUGCUCUAACACAGAUGGAAGUGUCAGUGAAGAUCAAUUUCAUGAUUUGGAGGAGUUUGAGACCAAAAGCAAUGGAGGAGGAGGAGGGGGAGGAAGAGGAGGAGGAGGAGGAGGAGGAGGGAAGGAAGAGGAGGAGGAGGAGGAGGAGGAGGAGGAGAAGAGGAGGAGGAGGAGGAAGAAGAAGAUGUAAUAAUAUUGUUCCCUUGAAGCAAGAAAAAAAAAAGUCCACCCCAUGACAGUGACAAGAUAAGGGGAGAUAACAUCUGAUAAGAGCUGACUUUGAUGAGCGUAAAGGAGGGUAAUAUUACAUGACCAUCACCUCCCUUUGUUUUUGCUGGUACACAAACAUUUCUGUCUGUCUAUUUGUCUGUCUGUCAAGCUCCCUGUCUGUCCAUCUAGCUCUCUGUCUCAGAGAGAGCCACAAGACUGUGUCAUCACGUUUACUCACAUCUUCAAGCAGAGUAUAGCACUUUGUCUGGAUUUCUUGGGUUAUCCUAGGUAAUUUACACUAUGUAUACUUGUAUUUAUGUGUACCUGUGAGACAGAGAUAGGCAGACAGAAAGAGAGACAGAUUGAAAGAUAUAGAAUGAGGGAGAAAGAUAAUUAGAUAGAAUGGAGGAGGGGAAGCAGCAUCCGACCCCAUUGUUUUGACAGGGGUAGGGGUAGUGACUAAUGAGAUAAUAUGUCACUUUGACAGCUGCCGACUUCUGACUCAAAACAAUUAUAAGCCACACACUCGCACACAAGGAGGAGGAGGAGGAGAAGGAGGAGAAGGAGGAGGAGGAGGAGGAGA